CGAUACAAACUGUCAAGUGGGAAAAACACUUUUUUUCGCCUAGUAGUUAGGCAUUGAAAGAGUAAAGUGUGUGUAUGUGUUGUCAAAAUUCGUGAGCGUUUGCUUGUGUCCAACAAUAAAGAAGAACAAAAAAAAAACUGUUUGCUGUGAGAGAGAAAGACAUACACCCAAAGAGUGUGUGUGUGCUUGAGAGAGAGUAAUAUAACUAGAAGACAAGGAAUUCAUCAUAUAUUUGGCCAACAACAAUUUCAAUAUCGUGACUUUCAGCAUUCGAAUCAAACAGAGAGUGGAUAGCAAUAAAGAAAACCCACCCAUUCCGAAAAGCCAAUUCAAACAACGAAAUAAAACAUGGAAGACCACGAAAGCAUUUUGUUGAUUAAGCAAGAAGUGUUUGUUUUUAAAAUUCCGCCAGCUGGAUCCAAUAGAAAGCAUAGGGCUGCCAAUUGGAAUUUAAGUGAACCACUAUGGACGGGUCGCAUGAAAUUAGUGGCGAAGGGUAUUAAUGUCAAUCUGAAAUUAGAAGACAAAAAUACGGGCACAUUAUACGCAAAUUGUCCAGUGGAAACAUAUCCAGGUGUUGCAAUUGAGGCAGUGAGUGACAGUUCCAGGUAUUUUGUGAUUCGUGUCGUCGAUGACAAUGGUCGAACGGCAUUUUUGGGCCUUGGUUUCGGCGAUCGAUCCGAUUCAUUUGACUUGAACGUUGCACUACAGGAUCACUUUAAAUGGGUGAAAAACCAAGAAAAAAUCGAUCAGGAAAAAGUGACACCACGACAAGAACUGGAUUUAGGAUUCAAAGAAGGCGAAACCAUCAAAAUUAACAUGAAAAUCACCAAAAAAGAUGGAAGUGAAUCAUCACGACGAACACGUACAGGCGCAACGGGUGCCUUUCCCCCACCACCCGGUGGUAUUAAAUUGGCACCACCGCCAUCGAAUCCAACGGAACCAUCAUCGAACAACAGCCAGUCAACACCCCAAUCCCAAGCAUCUCCAAAAGCGAACGCCAAUUGGGUGCAAUUCUAAAUCAGCAUGCUUUAUGAUAGAAAUAGACAGAAGAAUGUAAGAGAGAGGGGAUUAAAAUAACAAAGAAAAAGGAAUAUACUUAUUAAUGGUUACGCGAUCUUUGAAUCGAAAUAAGAAAAAAUAUAUAUAAAUAUAAAUAUUAUAUAUGAUUAUACAUAUAAAUACGAUAAAAUAUGUAAAGAUGUACUACGUAAGAGACAGCCUGAUUGUUUGUCUUUAUGAAACCGACUUUUAGAUGAUAUGCGCGCGCUGUGAUUGAAAAAUAAUCACGACAUUUCGAUAAAGAUAGAGAAUGAAACACAUGUACAGGAAAAUGAAGAUUUUGGGACGAACGAAACGUUAAGUGCGACAAAUUGCUUCAGUUGUUAAAUCGGAAUUUCCAAAAACAAAAUGUUUUUAAUAUAAAAUGUGUGAGGCUUAAAAAAUCAGCAUAUUUUUUGACAUGAAGUGACUAUAUUUUGAAUCAUCGAAACCGGAGCACAGUCCAUUUUCUUUUGGUUUCGAAAUAUUCACCGGAAUGAAUUAAAAUUAAACUCAGACCACUUUUAGUUCCAUUAAAAUAUUGAACAAAAAAUGAUUAGUUCCAAGAGAUUAAAUUGACUUUCAUUUUCGGGUGGUUUGAUUAGAAGGUCCAAAUUUUAAUAGUAUUUUUUCCAGCAUCGUAUCAUAUGUUGGAGUCCGGUCGGACCUCAAGAACUUUGAAAAAAAAAAAAAAAAACAAGUUACGGGACCAUUUUUUCAUUGGACACCUCGGUAUGCUCAAAUCGACUGUUCUUUGCAUUUGAAAAUUUAGAAUUAUAAUUUCGGAGGCAGAAAGUUCCACGCAGUUUGCUUUUAACCUUCAUAUCGUGUUGAACGCUCAAUAUUUUAGUAUUAAAAUGUUCAAAAUUCAACAUGACUACAAUUUGAUGCUUUUAAAAUUCUCUUCUUUGUUUUUAAUUUCAAGCAAUUUUCUGUGCAAUUGAUUUUAUGAUCGGAAUAUCGUCACUUUGGCCUGUACAAUGGACAUUUUGUCCAUGAAAUAUCUAUCUAUCGACAAUGACAAAUUGCUUUCAAAAAAAAAAAAAAAAAAAAAAACAC